AUUUUUACAUUCUAAAAGGCUAUCUGUACUUGUCGGGUUUUUGUUUUGAUUAUAAAUUUUAUCAGGCAUUUUUGCUUGGUCGAUUUUUUUUUCUCCCUACUUCUCAUUUUUAUAUGAGCUCCAGUUGUGUUUUCGUGUAUUUUGCGUGAUUAAAAAAGAAAAUUAUUUUCAAAUUUCAAUUGAUUUUCAUCUAAAUUUGUUCAUUUGUAGUUGGAAAAAGCUUCGGCAGCACAAUGAGUGGAUCACCGGAUGUUGCUACGUUACAAAAACUAGAGAAACAUUUAGCGCUGCUUAAACAAGAAUACACCAAACUACAAAAAGGAUAUGCGGACUUAGAAAGGAAAUACAGUAAAGCGGUUGCCUCAUCCGACUCAGAAUCGGUUGGCGAAUUUAGUAGCUUUGUUUCUCGGCUGGUGUUAACAGUUGCUUCCUUGUAUGGGCGAACGGUAUACUCGGACUUAACUAUUAAAAUGAAUACAAAAGUUAUGCCAGCCCAUAAGUUCGUUCUUCAUGCAAGGUCCGAAGAAUGGCGGGAAGAUGUCUUAUCCGACGUCAACCAAUUAGAUUGGAGUGAUAUGGAUGAGGAAAUAUCAAUAGCGCUAUUACGAUGGAUUUAUACGGAUGUUGUAGAUCUACAACAUGACCGUCUAUCAUUAGGUCUUCUGAAAGCAUCCCACCGCUUUCGUCUUCCUGGUUUAUUGGGAUUGUGCGAAAGAGCCUUGGUGGCAUCAGUGGGUGUUCGUUCCUGUGUACGAUUCUAUUGUGUAGCAGAAGAGGUUGGUGCAGCCAGUCUUCUUGAUUACUGUUCUGGACUAAUUUCUACACAUUGGGAAGAUUUAACUCCUCAAGACUUUGAGCAUAUGUCUGGACCUUUACUUUUUAAAAUGUUAAAGAGCAAAACAAAAUAUCCCCUGCAUGCUGCUAUACGUCUAUUGCGAGAAGAUGUUGUAUUCCUAUGCCUUGUAGAAAAUGAUGGCAAGGUAAGGUAACAUAAUGGAUUCUAAUCUAAAGAAAAUAAAAAAGUGGCUCCUCGAUUAGUAAAAUUUAAGUUAUGUAGGAUACCAUUUAUAAAAGUUUAAAAUUUUAACAUGUAGCCACUCUUGGAAAUAUUUUCACAUUUAUUAGAGAUGGGACUCCCACUAGAGUGAAUCGUUAUGGUUUGUGUUUAUACCCUUCAAAACACUGUGAAGCAUGGUAUUAUGUCUUUGUCGCUUUGUUCGUAACAUGCAAAAGGAAUAUAUACCCAUAAUUUCGUUAGAUCUCCACAGUAGAAUUAUAUUCUCAGUCGAUUUAUUUCUGCUUGUCCGUCUCCUUUAUUGUGCAUCAAAAAACAUAAGGCCGAAUUCAACCUAGAAGUAAGUCUGUCAAAUCAGACUUACUUCCAGGUUGAACUGAAAGUCGUAAUAUUUCCCCAUAUCAAUAUUAUUUCGUAAAAUGCGGAAUAUAAACUAUAUAUCUCCACAGUAGAAUUAUAUUCUCAGUCGAUUUAUUUCUGUUAGUCCGUCUCGUUUAUUGUGCAUCAAAAACAUAAGGCCGAAUUCAACCUAGAAGUAAGUCUGUCAAAUCAGACUUAUUAUUAUUUAAUAUUUUCAGACAAAUAAUUUCACCAAGUUUUUCAAAAUAUCUUGGACACAACCCAUUAAACUCUGUUCCAGAACCUGCAAUAAUCUACUAGUUUUGGAAUUUUUUUUCG